UAUGUAAUCAUUGGUUAAAUAACUCCUCACCCUAUCCAAUACAUCUGCUGCUAAUUAAUGGCAACAAAUAGAAACAAGUAAAAUCUUAUCUUUAUUUUAGCUCUCCAACCAAAAUAAUUGACACCCGCAGAAAUAGCUGAUGUUGCUCACCAUUUCGCUGUUAAUAAUUAAGGAUCUGAACUUUUCUGGGACACAUUAUAGAGAGCUACUGUCGAUUAACUUAGCAAUUUCAAUAGAGAAUAACUAGCCACAGUAUUCAGCGCUAUGAUGCAAACACCUUAUGAAGUAUACAUCCUUUUUCCAAUUAGGUUCCUGAUGAUGUAGGAGAGGCAGUGACCAAAGCAAUUGAUACGUUUUUCUUAGCUGAAUUACAAGCCAACCAAAAAUCUGACCCAUACUAUCUUUCAAAAUUUUUAUUACAAUUCUAAUCAGGAUUAGGAUAAUUUGCUCUCAACUUUGGACCUGGAUUUCUAACUGGUAGAGUAAAUGAUGAACAUCCUGAAUAACGUCUUGCUAAGGGUGACUAUGAUCUGUCAGAAUCAUGCAAUUCUGAAUUGAGAUCAGCAUUUAUUAAAGGGGAUCUAAACGAAGAAUAAGUGAAAGAAGAAAAAACAAAAUUCUUAAAUAGAGUUUCAGAAUUGCUUGGCAAAGUAAGCAUUAUAAUCAUAAUUAAAGAAUCAAAAUGCCCAGGAUGUAGCCAAUUUGAAAUGAU